AUGGAGCUCCGGACGAUCCUCCGCGCUCUGCUCUUCCUCUCUGCCGCCUGUCUGCAGCCGGUGACCGGCGCGGCUUCGCGGACGGGACCGAGAGUCACGGAGAAGGUGUUCUUUGACAUCACAGUAGCAGGUCACGAGGUCGGGCGUAUCGUUGUCGGCCUUUUUGGGGAGGUCGUCCCACUCACCGUCAAUAACUUUGUCGCCCUGGCAACCGGAGAGAAAGGUUACGGAUACAAAGGGACAAAGUUCCACAGAGUCAUCAAGGACUUCAUGGUCCAGGGAGGAGACUUCACAGCCGGAGACGGAACAGGAGGUCACAGCAUCUAUGGAACCACCUUUACAGAUGAAAACUUCAAACUGAAGCAUUUGGGGUCCGGAUGGGUGAGCAUGGCGAACGCCGGUCCCGACACCAACGGAUCGCAGUUCUUCAUCCUGGCUGCCAAAGCGCCGUGGCUGGACGGGAAACACGUGGUCUUCGGCAAAAUCCUGGACGGGAUGUCUGUGGUUCACACCAUCGAGCUCCAGGACACCAACGACAGGAACCUGCCGUACACCGAGUGUGUGGUCGUCAACAGCGGACGGAUCCCCGUCAAAGAGCCCUUCGUGGUGGAGGUGGAGGGCUGGUAG